CGGAGGCAAAAAAAAAUACCUCCCAAACUUCUUUUCUCAGUUUUCAUACUAUCAGCGGCGACAAGAGAAUCACAGAGGAACUAUUAAAAUGGCGCUACCGAACCAGCAAACUGUGGAUUACCCUACCUUCAAACUCGUGAUCGUCGGUGAUGGCGGCACAGGGAAAACUACUUUUGUUAAACGUCAUCUCACUGGAGAAUUUGAAAAGAAGUAUGAGCCGACUAUUGGCGUUGAAGUUCAUCCCUUGGACUUCCAUACCAACUGUGGGAAAAUUAGGUUCUAUUGUUGGGAUACUGCGGGUCAGGAGAAAUUUGGUGGACUCAGAGACGGCUAUUACAUCCAUGGGCAGUGCGCCAUUAUUAUGUUUGAUGUCACUGCACGUUUGACGUACAAGAAUGUUCCUACAUGGCACAGGGAUCUCUGCAGGGUGUGUGAGAAUAUUCCUAUUGUUCUUUGUGGAAACAAGGUUGAUGUCAAGAACAGGCAGGUGAAGGCGAAGCAGGUCACAUUCCACCGUAAGAAGAAUCUCCAGUACUAUGAAAUCUCUGCAAAGAGCAACUACAACUUCGAGAAACCGUACCUGUAUCUUGCAAGAAAACUUGCUGGCGAUCCUAACCUCCACUUCGUUGAGUCACCUGCACUUGCUCCUCCUGAAGUUCAUAUUGAUAUGGCCACACAAGAACAGCAUGAAGCUGAACUGGCGGCAGCGGCAGCACAGCCUCUUCCUGAUGAUGAUGAUGCAUUCGAGUAAUGGGUUGUUCUUUUCCAUUUUAUUCAGAUGAAUAUUAUUGGGCUCUUUAUUGCUCAGUUAGUAGGGCGUCUGUAAUGGGAAUAUGGGUUGGAAUU